AUGAACAAUCGAUUACUAUAUUAUGGCAUCUGUGAUAUAUUAGUUUGUCUCGUGAUUGGAGUGGUAAAUAUUUCUUAGAAAACAUGUUGUUUUGGAUUUGGUAUUUCAUUUAUAGCAGAGUUAAUUUUGAUGACUGCUUUUGUAGUUUUCCUUAAGAAAAACUGUUUAAAUGCCUUGAUGAGAGAUUGCUACUUAAUAAUCUCAUAUAUGUUAUGCUAAAUUUUGUAAAUUGAGUUCUUGGAACAAUAACAAUCUCCAGUAUUUACCAUAAUAAUUAUUAGGAAUAUAUGCUCUUCUUCAUCAUAAGAUUAUUGGUACUUAUAACAGUUUUUUAAAGAAUUCCAUUUCGAAUCACCAUUUUUUUUAUAGUCUAUCUCUACUUAUGCAUUAGAUUAGAAUUCUAUGCCAACAUAUUCCCUUAUAUUGGUUUAGUAUUUGUACCUUUAAUGUUCAAAAUUGACAAACAUGAAUAAAUACUUACUAAUUUAAUUACUGAAUUUUUCAAAGGGACAAUAACUAAUCCUAUAUUAAUAAUUGAUGCCUAAACAAAAUAACCACUAUUUCAUACUAAUUAAAUUGAAUCUGAAUUUAAUUAUUCAAUUGCAAAUCAAAAGCACUUUAUUAAUACUCUUUAAUAAUUUUAAGAUUCUACUAAUAAAACUUUAAGUUCUAUUUUAGAUGAAUAAAAAUUAUAAUCAAUAUCUGGAGAAUUAAUUUAAUAUUGUAAACUUCAAGAAAUUUCUAAUGAAGACUAUUCAUUUAUGGAUUUACCAUAACUUAAAAAGAUUUCAACAUUUAUUCAUGAUGAAAUUAAUGAAGAUAAAUAAGAAUUAGUAAUAGAAAGUCCUAAGCUUUAAGGUAAAAUAUUAUAAAAUUAAAACUCUAAUUAAUUUAAUGAUGAUACACCUUAAUUAGGAAAAAAGAGUAAAUUUGGAUAAUUUAAAGAUAGUCAAUAUCAUUUUGAUACAAUUAAUGAAUUAAAAUAAAAAAAAAUAAAUAUAUAAGUUUAACAUUGUAUUUGGGAUUAUAAAGAAGCAUUUAUGAUAUCAUUAAAAGAUUUGAGAAAUUAAUAAAUGGUAGAAAUAUUGAAUGAUGAAUUAGAAGAAAGUAGGAAACAAAAUGAAAAUAAGGAUUAAAUAUUAGCUACAGUUUUUCAUGAUUUUAAGACUCCAAUUAAUGGUAUUUCAACUAUAGUGGAAGCAAUGGAAGAGAAAUUUGAUGUUAAUUAAUAAUAAAAAUAUUAUUUAAGAAUAAUAAAGAAAAAUGUAUAUUUAAUGUUAUACAUGAUUCAAGAUAUUUUGGAUUUUGCUAGAAUUCAAAAGAAUUAAUUAAGAUUGAGUAUUAGUGAUUUUUAUUUAAAUGAAAUAAUUGAAGAAGUAGUUGAAUUGGUAGCUAUAUAAGCAGAAUAAAAAGGAGUUGUUAUUACAACACAUUAUGAUUUACCUACAUAUUAAAUUUAUAGUGAUCCAAAUAGAAUUAAGUAAAUUUUAAUGAAUUUUAUUUCUAAUUCAUUGAAAUUUACUGAAUCAGGGUCAAUAACUAUAUCAGUUAAUUCCCUUUAAACAGAUAAAUCUUAACACAUUGUUCGAACUGGUUCAUCUAAAAAUGUGUUUACUUAAUAAUAGAAUUAAUAAUCUAUAGGAUAGUUAAGAAAAUAAUUAUCAGGUAGAUCAGUAAAGUCUAUAAAUGGAUCAAAUAGGAUGAUUUAUACAAUUACAAUAGCAGAUACUGGUUGUGGUAUAUCUGAAUUGAUUAAACCAAAAUUAUUUAAUAUGUUUGCAACAUUCCCAACUAAAGAAGUUUAGAAUAAAUGUGGUACAGGUAUUGGAUUGAUGGUCUGUAAAAAAUUAAUUAAAUUAUUGGGACCCUCUGAAAAUAUUGAUCUUUGGAGUGAAUAAAACAAAGGAACUAAAAUGUCAUUUUAAAUCUAUUCUCGAUUAUCAGAUGACCCAAAAAGAUCACCAAAUUAUAUUAGUGUAUUUAAAUAAGAGAGUAGUUCUAAAAAUUUUAAUAUUGAUAGUCAAUCUUAAUUUGAUGAUUAGUAAUCCAUUUAAUAAACAUUUAUUCGUUCUUCAUUAUUGUAUGUUUAUUCAAGACCAGUAGAUAAACAUGAUGUAGAUUAGGAUUAAGAUAUGCAUCCUGAAUAUGAGGAUAUUGAUUAAUAGAAAUUCCAUAAUAUCAAUUAUAUGAAAAAUUAAAGAUCACCAACUGUUAGUAAAAUCAAAAACAAAGAAUUAGCACUUGAUGAUUCUUAAGAUGUUAUCGAUCCAAGAAAUCGUUUAUAAAGGAUUUUAUAAAAUAAACCAAAUUUUUCUAUUUUAAUUGUUGAUGAUUAACCCUUUAAUGUAUUAGCUUUGAAAUUACUAUUACAAGAUAUCUCUUAAAAUAUUACAUUCUUAGAAGCUUAUAAUGGUUAACAAGCUAUCAAUAAAUUAAUAAGUUUCUAGAAAUAAAAAAAUAUCAAAUAUAUAUUUAUGGAUUUAUUGAUGCCAAUAUUAAAUGGUUGGUAAGCUACAGAAAUGAUUAAAGAUAUGGUAAUAUUAUACAUAUUAUACUAGAUUAAAAAAAAAUAAGUAGAUGAACUUAAAAUCAUAGCAAUUUCUGGAUAUGAUGAUGAAAAUGAAUAAGAAAGAUGUGGAAAUAUUGGAUUUGAUGCAUUUAUUACUAAACCUGUAAGAUUGGAAAUGAUUGCAGAAGUAUUUGUGUAAUUAGAGAAAGUUUGA